AGCAGAUCAGACCACCUUACUCUUACUCACACGGUCUCAACAAGGGCCUUAGAGGGACGUGCCAUCCUAGUCAUUAAUCCACGAACGCCCUUCGUAGAUUGAUUCCCUUCCCUGACAACAAUAUUCUUCAGUGGAAAAUCCUCACCUUGGACUUUCCAAGCCAACACCAAGACCAUCAACAUUUUCAAUAUGCCCACUUCCACUCUUCUUCUUUCUGCUCUGGCCCUCUCCCUUGCCAGCCAAUCUAUGGCGGACACGGUAGUCAUGGUCAACGGCGUCACCCUCACCGGCGACGCCCAGCCUAAAAGCGGCAACAACAGAUUUGUCGGCACGAAAUGCCCAGGCGUGCUGCAAGUUACUGGCAACAACGACGCUCACUGCUGCGUAGGCGGGACCUUGAACCUCAGCACCUGCGAGGGCUGGCCACUCUGCAGUGGCCCUCAGACUGCAGCUCCCGAACCAACAUCUAUCAGCUGCGCUACCAUGAUCCCUCUGACGGCGAACGACUACUCCUCCCUGAUUGAGAGUGCGAGCUCCCGGUACUUGAAGGCCAGUGGUGAGGCUGAGCCUUCAUCUACGGGUGAAAGUUCCAUGCCGUCGGCGACCAGCACCGAGGAAACCGACACUGAGGGCACCAGCACCGAGGGCGCAAAUGACCAGGAGGGUUCAACGAGUUCAGGUGCCAGUCCUGCCGAGACAGGCAAUGGAUCCAUCAUGGAAAAGGUUCCCGGUCCGAUGGCCAGAGUUGUUGGGGGCAUUUUGGCCUUGUGGAUGUCCAUGUAACAUGGUAGCCCUGGGGAAAAUAGUAAUAAUUGUUACUCUUGGUGAUAGACAUUCGCAAAAUAAUGGGCGACCAAGGUCGAUGAGUGAGGUCGUAUUCUUGGAGCGGCACUGACGAAAUGCGCACUGACGCGUCAGCAAGGAAUUUGAAUAACUACGGCGGACUGACAUCACGGCCAGCCACUCGUCGCGGCCCAAUCAACAUGCCAUUCCGCAGUAAUUAUUGCCAUAAUUAGCAACUGGCUUCCGUGUUUUAACCCAUCGUUCUCUGAACCCUCCCGAGCCUCAAAGGACCG